CUGUGACUCGAGCAUUUCACAAGCCUGUUUUUGGACGUACUUCUGACAGCAGCGUAACAUCACAGGGGCAGCAGGGAAGCCACGAAGAUCCGGAGAGAGACCAAACAAGUCCACCAUGAUUGACAUACUGAAGAAUUUCAUGGGCCAGUGGACCCUCAAUGAUAUGGAGGUGCUUAAGACUGCCUACGGGGGACACUUCCGAGAGAGGGACAUGUUCAACCACAUGUGGCGCAUGCCAGCGGCCCACGAAUACCUUUCGCCGCCCUUGGUCGCGCCCAUGAAGUCCGAGGUCGAGGCCGACAGGCUUCGCAAUGAGGGAAACGUUAACUUCAUGAAGAAAAGGCUCGACUACUCAAUGCAACUCUUCAAUGAAAGUAUUUGCGCGGCGCCUCAUCCGCCUUUGCGCAAGGAAGAUGGAUUUUGCGAAGUCGCCAAGGAAGGAGAAACCCCCGUGAACCAUUCUUUGAUGAAGGACGAGAAAACUCCAGAACAACCAGAGCCCGCGGAAAUAGAACCCAUUGUCCUACCAGCGACAGGCGAAAGCGGUUCCGACCAAUCUCCAUUGGCUGAGGAGAAAGGCAUUCCGAGAGAACAGCAAAAGGAACGGCUCAAGGAAAUGGCAUCCGAUAACACAGAAAAUCCAAAAAGCCAAGCGACAGAGCCGUACUUGGCUUUAGCACGCGGCUAUGGAAACAGAUCCGCCGUUCUCUUUCACUGUGGGCGCUACCAUGAGAGUAUAAGGGACAUGGAGAGGGCCCUCAGGUAUAGCCAAGAGGAAUCCUUCAAGAAAAAGUUGUUGGCGAGGAAAGUUCAGUGUCUAGAAGCCAUCCAGGAAGGAUCAGUAAGGGAGGUCGUCAAGAAACCUUCCAUACCUCCGAAGUUAGAGAGCUGUAACCCCGCCCAUCCCUCCCUGAGCAAAUGCGUUCGGGUGGAGAAUUCGUCUGCCAAGGGACGCCAUCUUGUGGCUGAGCGCGACAUUCGUCCUGGUGAGCUCCUGAUGGUGGAGGAGGGACACUGGGACACUCUCUCGGCUGACUACCGCUCUACCCACUGCGCCUUCUGCUUCUCCUUCUGCCUCGCCCCCGUCCCCUGCCCCUCCUGCCGGCUGGUGAUCUUCUGCGGCGAGGACUGCCGCGCCCGCGCCCUGGCGGAGUUCCACGCGCGCGAGUGCCCUGUGCUGCCCAGCCUCAUGGCCCUGGACCUCGACCCGCCAGUCCUUCUAGCAGCCAGGAUCGUGCUGAAGACGUCCUACGCCACGCUGAAAGAGGUCAUGCCGCGGCUGUUAAGAGAAAUGGACGAAGAAAAACGGGGAGGAGGAGGAGGCGAAGAGGGAGUGUUCGAUCCCUCAGACUUCCGGAACCUCAUCCUGUGCGACUCGAGGAAGAUGAAGCCGAAGCCAGAGCACUAUCUGGUAUACUGCACGUCAUCUUUGAUGUUGACUAAGCUCCUGGAGGAGAGCGGGAGGUUCUUCGUGGACCGAGACGACCAGGCCCUCCAGCCUUCCCAAGACGACCUGCGGAUGACCGGCAUGACCAUCUUCCUUGUCACGAUGACUGCCUUCACGCUCUCGAACUCCAUCCCUUAUCUGGAAAGGCUGCACGGCGGGGCGAGUCUCGGCGUGAGGUUCUCGAGCGGCAUCUGGCCGACCGUGUGCCUCGCCCAGAAGUCCUGCUGCCCGUCUGUUACAAUGUACAUGUGCGGCUCGGCUCUGGUGAUGCGCUCGAUCGUGCCCAUCCCCGCUGGCCGCGGCAUAACCACUCUGGGCACCUUUCACUUCUCGAAGAUUCCGCCGGCGGAGAGGAGGGAGGCGAACGCAGGAGCCGGCAUCCAGUGCAGCUGCGUGGCUUGCCUGGAGGAUUGGCCGAUCUACCAGGAGCUCCAGACCGAGACCCGCCUCAAGUGUCCCAAGUGCUCCCACCCCCUGACUCGCAGUGCCGAGGGUCGGGUCCAGUGCCUCCACCACGAGGUCAGCCCCGCGCCCCGAGGCACUGCGGCUCAGAGCUCCUGUUGGGCGGCGGCGGCUAGGCGCGUGAGCAGGAUCCUCGGCAGGCAACAGAAGGCCGAGGUGGGCGAAGACAUGGACGAAAUGAAAGACCUGUACGCCACGAUCGAUAAGUUUGUGCAGAGAAGGAGUUUUUUGGAGAUCGGCGAAGAAACAGACGAGGAGAGAAGGCUAAUCAUUGAGGUCACGGAGAUCCUAGACAAGCAUGGAGUCUUGCCGUGCAAGUUGCACUGUGACAUCCAGGAUAUUUUAACCGGGUGCCUUGCAACUCGGGAUCGCAGCAUCUCUGUGUGAAUAUAUAUAUAUAU